AUGAGUGUGCGAAAAGCGCAUAACUCCGGCAAAAAUCACCUAAAGAACGUCGUUCAGUACUACCAGGAGAUCGGACAUGAAAAGGCUCAGUCGGUGAUAGAUUCCAUCACCUCAUCAUACGCCGCCGAGGGCCAGGCAAGUUCCAACCCUAUGCUUCAACAUGCUGCUGGACAAGCGGGAUACCCUCCUCUCCCCUUUGCAUUCCCAGUAUGUGGAAACGCUGACUUGACCCCACCACCACCAGGCCAGCCAGGCGCACUACCCCCUCCGCCAUUCGGUGUACCAGGCAUGCAAGGAGCCCCAGGCGCACCUCCCCCGCCAGGCGGAAUGAUACCACCCCCAGGAGGUCGCGGGAUGCCUUUCCCUCCCCCCUUCCCACCAGGCGGCACCCCAGGACCCAACGACAAACCUAUCCCGCUUCCAAUGCCCCUUCCAAACAUGCCGCCUGGUAGUCUUCCUUUCCCUCCGCCACCACCAGGCGGGUUCCCGCCUAACUUCCAGUUCCCGCCUCCAGGUGCGGCGGGCGGUGUUCCUCCGCUACCGCCUUUCCCGGGCCAGGUACCGGGUCAAGCACCUGGUUCUAGCGCUAGUCCACCUGCGCCUCCUGGUGUGGGACAGCUGCCAGGAGGUUUUCCACCGGGGAUGGGCGAGUCGAAGUGA